UGAUGUAGUAGUUAGUCAGGCAAAACACGUUUAGGCAUUGACGUCAGAAUCAACAGAUCUCAACCGUCCACGUAAUCAUUUAACAACAAUUCUACUAUUACUGUUACUAUACAUACAACUGCGACUUUACUCAGAAAGCGAAGAAUGAAUCAUUUUGUUGGAAUCGCCGACUAAACUAAACAGCAUCAACUCAAAAAAAAAAAAUCUGACAUUUAUCGAUCCAUCUUUCUCCAUAAAUCAGAUAUGACACUGACACGUUGAUAUGACUGUUCAUACCGGUAGUAAUUUGGACAUACAUACAUUCAAUCCGAAGUAUCCAUGUUACAUUGUUUAGUAGCAAGAUUUUAAAUUGAAUUUGGUGAAUGCAAUCGUGAUUUGUGUCCCAAUGUCAAGGCUUUUGGAAUCUUUGUGAUUUGUUGGGAUUACAUUUGCUGCUGCAUCAACAGAUUCUGUAUGCAAUUUUCGAGAAACUGAAUUGCCUUCGGUUUAUAUGGGAGAGAGGGUGGAUAAGUCUAGCUCGACUAUGAACACUAAUUCUAAACAAAACAGUGCUAUCACUGGGAAAAAAACGUACCAAAAACAGCUGGUUGUGUCGCGUCCCAAAGGCUUUGCACAAAGAUAUUGUGAACCCCUUGUUUCAUUGACGCAUGGUGACUUUGGAAGCAGUGCUGUGGGGCGUGCUGCAUUUUGUUUAGUUAAAGUUGCUGCUUUAGAGGCUGUACGGAGACUCACAAAGAGUAGAUGCCCUUGUGUCUGGCAAGGUCUGCAGGGUCUACAAAUCCUUGCCUACCCACCAUUUAAAUGGAUUCAAAAGUGGGCUGUGUUCAGGGGUUUGGUUAAAAGCAUGCAGGUACUAUCAAGACCAUUAUUAGUUCUUUCCAUUACAACAGCCCUUACUGAUGCACUGGAAUGUAGUGAUGGAACCUCAGAUCAUAUUACUAAUUCUCAUGAUUCAGAAAUAUCUGCUGAGCCGGCUCCUGUGCAGGAUAAUUUGAAUACUAGUCAACCCGAGAGAUCUCCUGAAGUUUUAGAAUAUGAAAAUUGGUUGACUCAACUCAACGAAGAGCUGGAAAAUCAAGGGAUUAGUUUGCCAGAAAGAAUCAAUGACGAUGAGCUCCACAGAUUUUACACAGCUGCUAAUAAUGACUUUUCAUGCUUCCUUACCUCAAUCAAGAAGACAAUACGCUGGCGGGAGUGUUACAAAAUUCUUUCAGUAGAAGAGCUGGAAAUGUGGUCAAAUUUGGUGUUCUGGCAUGGAUCUGAUUUGUCGCACAGACCCUGUCUCAUUGUAAGGCUUGGGAUAGCUUGCAGCACAUUGGCAUCCCAAGAUAAACCUCGAUUUGCUCAGGCAAUUAUAUCACAGGUAGAAUAUGGGGUCUUGCACUUUGUUGAUAGAGAAAACCCUCAAAUUACAGUAUUGGUGGACUGUGAAGGGCUAUCUCCAUUGAGAAUUCCCAUGCAAAUACUGAGAUCCUGUUCUUCCAUUCUGCAAGAUCACUUUCCUAAUCGUCUUGGUUGUUUGUUUGUCAUACGACUUCCAGCAAUUGCUCGUGUUAUUGCCCAGACUUUUCUUCAGGUUUUAAAGCCAGCUACUAAGAAAAAGUUAAAAAUAGAAGGAGAGAUGUACAAGAAGGUUCUUUUUGACAAUCUAUCAACAGUGCCAUCAUAUCUUGGAGGCAGCUGCACAUGUGUGAAGUGUUCUAAAAUGGGCAAGCGGGAUAGAGUGCAACCUCAUGAAACUGGGACCAGCAGCAGCAGAAUUGUUAGCGAGGAUGAUAUCAGUGACAACGAGGAUUUGCCAUCACUGCGUCUACAUCCAACUAUGGUAUUAGAUGACCGUCAAAGCAACAGCUAUGACCAGGUGUUGAGAACCGCUGUCAUAAGUAUUAUCGUAUUUUGGGUUGUCAUAGCUCUUGGUGCUGGAGUAUACGAACCUGGUGUGUAAAAUUGGCCAAAUUAGUUUACUUCCCUAGUUGAAAUAAAUUUGUAGAGAACACCUCUAGUAGGAUUUGUCUUUGUGAAUUAGGAGGUGGCAAUGGUUCAAAUUCUACAGAUGAAAUAUCUCUAGUUUUGGCUUGCACAGCUGCAAUAAAAGGUGUGUUUAUGGGUUUAAUAAUUUUGCUUCACUUAUAAAAUUGCUACUGCUAUAGUUUUGAUCCUAAAUAACUAGAUUAGAUGUUAUCUGGGAUUCCUGUGCUCUUUAUAGAAGCAUAGUGAGUUUUUUGACUUUUUCGUUCAAAUAUAGUAUAGACUAUAGAGUAUCGCCAGCCAUCUAUAAUUGACGCAUGUUCUGAAUUAAA